UUUCUGAUAUUUUGCAGCACAUCUGGAUAUGGAAAUUGGUACGAUCGACGACAUUGGAGCUUUCUCUGUCGUGUGUUCAGAAAUAGCUCUAAAACAAGAAUCAACGCAGGUUAGUGGAGCUUACAUUAUUCUGGAUUUCAAAAACUGCACUUUGCAACACGCCUAUCACAUGUUGUCCUUGAGAUUUGUGACAAAGUUUGUAAAGUAUUUACAGGAAUGCUGGCCGUGCAGGUUGAAGGGCAUCUACGUGAUCAAUGAACCAUUAUAUUUGCAUUAUGUUUAUCGUAUCAUGUAUCCUUUCUUUACGAAGAAGCUAAAGCAAAGAUGUCAUAUAUAUGGAGACAACAUGAAACCUUUACACAAGCAUAUUCCUCGGGACAUGCUACCAUAUGAACUUGGUGGAACAGCAGAACCAAUCAACGUCCCCGAGUUCCAGUCUUUCAUUCUUGGUCAUGAAGCUUACUUACAAAAGAUCAAUCAAUAUGGCUUCAAGGAUGAUUGAACAGAAGCAAGUUAUCUUCUUCAACAGCUAUUGUUUAGUUCAAAGAAGAAUAUUUAUCCAAGACAUUAUACCUUUAUGAAGCAAA